CCAACCCCACGCCAGCUUAAAACUUUCAUCUCUAAAAUGAAAGAGCUAUAGAUAUACAUAUAGAAAUACAAUUUAUAUAUUCAUAUAAUUUAGAUACAUAAAAAAAACUCAGGUGGGUCGCCGGAAAAUCAAGACUCUGGUGACCGGCCGUGGUGGUCGCAGUGGCGGUGAUGAUAUAUGGCGAAGGGUCGGAGAUUGACGACCAGCCGGAGCGAGCGUUUGCUCGGAAGCUACAGCAACUACAGUCACGACCAAGGCACGGUGGUGGCCGACACCACGGAGCUUGCCGAAGACGACGUAUGGUCCAUGGUCGAUGACAAGGUGGUCAACGGCAGUGAUGGUGGCGGUGACAAUGAUAAUCGCUCGAUGAAUGGUCCACCACGUGCCACCAUCACUAGCCACCUGCGUGUGGCGGUGCAAGAGGAGCACCGCCAAGUGGGCGGCUUGUCGUUGGCUUUUGAGGAUCCGAGCAAGGCGGCGUCGCCUCGGAUCGUGCACCAGUUUCGUGGCCAGGACAGCAUGGCGAGUCCAUGUGGACAGCCACAGAUGGCUACGUCGGCACCCGUGAACGUCCCUGAUUGGUCGAAGAUUUACCGAGUUGACUCGGUUGAGUCGAUGCAUGACUCGGACGAUGAUCAUGAAUUCGAGAUGGUUCCACCGCACGAGUACUUGGCGCGUGAGCACCGUGCCACGGCGGCGAACUCGGUUUUUGUAGGUGUCGGUCGGACUUUGAAAGGCCGAGAUUUGAGCCGAGUUAGGGAUGCAGUGUGGAGUCAAACCGGGUUCGAUGGUUAAAUUAAAAAUCAUUGUUAGCUGAAUGAAAGUGAAAUAUUUUUUUGGGGAAUUUUUGAAGUUGGUAUUAUUGCUAAUUUUUUUUUGUUUUUUUUCCCCAGAGGGCAAUGAUUUGACCGAGUGAACUCGGACUGAAUGAGUCAACUCGGUAAUGACUGAGCCCAGCCGAGUUCUGAUUGAGGUCUCUGUUUGUUCGAAACCCUGUGAGCUGUAGCUUCUCUGUCAGUGCUAAAAUGGUAAUUUCAGUACGAUCUGGUGAAAUUUUGAGCUGACGUGUCCAAAUA